AAACACCCGGGGAAAGGAGGAUGCCGAAAGCAAGAAAAUCUUUCGGACAAAAGGUCCCGUCGUUGUUGGACUACCUCAAAGGGAUCCUGCGACGAUAUCCUGAUGGUGGGCAGAUCCUUAAGGAGCUGAUCCAGAACGCAGACGAUGCCGAGGCCAGCCAGGUGGUCUUUCUGUUUGAUGAGCGGACACACCCGUCCCACUCGCUCGUCCUGCCCGAGCUGGAGCCCUUCCAAGGACCCGCCCUCUUCGUGUACAACGACUCCAUGUUCUCCGAGGAGGACUGGGAGGGCAUUCAGACCAUCAGCUGCAGCGUCAAACGUAACGACCCCAACAAGGUGGGCCAGUUUGGAAUCGGAUUCAACUCCGUCUACCACAUCACAGAUUUACCGGCUAUAUUCAGCGGGAGCAGCGUGGCGAUGCUGGAGCCCCGGGAGACGAUCUUCGAGCGCGAGGGCGGCCGCCGGUGGUCGCUGGAGGACGCGGGUGACCGGGAAGUGCUGGAACGGUGCCGGGACCAAUUUCAACCAUUCCGGGACGUCCUGCGGCAAGUGGAUGGUGCCAUGAGCUGGGACGCCGCAAUGGAGAGCCGGUAUUUCCGCGGGACCCUGUUCCGCUUUCCCUUACGCCGGGCGCCCACCGCCAUCUCCGAGACCCUGUACGACCCCGGGAAGGUCACGGAGCUGUUCGAGUCGUUCGCCGCCGACGCCGACAUGAGCCUCCUCUUCCUCCGCCAUGUCGCCUCCGUCUCCCUCGGGUACCUGCGGGCUGACGGGGAGAGAACCGAGACGGUGCUGCGGGUCAGCGCCGUGGCGCAGGACCUCCCACUCCUCUCGCCGGGGGCGGGCGGGUCCGGUACCUGCAUCAAAACCGUAGCCCGGCGCCAGAAGAAGGAGGGUGAGGAGGAGCGUCCCGGGCAGAGUUGUCGGUGGCUGCUGACCACAUGCACCGGGGCGGGCGAGGACCUGGCGGGGCUGGCCGCCAGCUUGAGCCUGACCCCGAGGGUGGACCUGGCGUUCCCGCUGACCGAGCCGGAGCCGGGCUUCACCGGGCGGCUGAGCUGCUACCUGCCGCUGCCGGACAACGAGAGUAACCGCACGGGGCUGCCCGUCCACCUCAACGCCUCCUUUGGGCUGACCGACAACCGGCGGCACGUCAAGUGGCCGGAACCGGACCAGCAGCACGACGAGGCCGCCCGGUGGAACGAGCUGCUGGUCAGCGAGGUCCUGCCCCGUGCCUACGACCAGCUAGUCCUGGACGCCGUCGCCUUGGUCGAUGCCACCGACUCGGUGUCGCCGGCUGAGGUUUACCGGCUGUGGCCGGACCAGGACAAGACGGGGCGGAUCGAGCGCUGGGCAGUGGCGGGAGACGGUAUCUGCCGGCGCUUGGCGGGACUGGAAGCCCUGCGCCUGACCGCCGCCACCAACCACCCACGGUGGGUCAAAGCCGAAGGCGCCGUGUUCGUGCCACUCGGGGUCCGGCCGGUGCUGCGGCAGGCGCUGGCGCGAGCGCUGGCGGGCGCGGGUGAGCCGCUGGUCGAGGCUCCGAGCCAUGUGUUACGCGCAGUGGAGAGAGUGCUGGAGGCGGCGGGAGGAGGAGGAGGGGGGAAUCACAUGGUGACCCCCGCCUCCCUCCGCCAGGCUCUGGUGGGCACCGGCGCCGGCCUGACCCCGGCAGAGAAGCUGCUGCUCCUGGAGUUCGCUCUGGCAGACGGGCGGUUCGGGGAGCUCAACGCCCUGCCUUUGCUUCCCCGCCGCGACGGCUCCUUCGCCCGGUUCCUGAGGACCGACCCCGGCCACGGGCUGACCCUGGUCGAAACGGUGAACUUCCCCCGGAUUUUGCUCCCUGGCUUUGAGGGCCGUUUCCUGCCGAGGGAUCUUCAAGCCCAUGUGGAGGAACAGCUGAAGGAGAUUGCUCGUAGGAAAAUCUUCACAAGCCUGGUGUGUCUGGACAGUGCCCUGAUCCUGCGGCUAGCCGGACAGUCCCUCCCGAAGGACUGGACCUCGGCUGAGGUGACGUGGGACCCGAGCGAGGCCGGACACCCUCCGGUGGGCUGGCUGAAGGCGUUCUGGCGUUUCCUGCGGGACCACUGCCCGAGGGGGCUGGGCAAGGCUGAGGGUCUGCCUCUUGUGCCGCUGGGUGACGGUGAUGAGGAUGAAGGAGGUGAGGGACUUCGCCUGGCCCGUCUCUCUGCGACCACUUCGGCGAUUUUCCAGGAGCAGAGCAGCUCCGAGUUGCCAGGGUCCGUUGCCGGCCUGGUGGAGGAUCUCGGCGGGAGAGUGAUCCGAUGCGUGGAGAUCUUCCUCAACCACCCAAAGCUCGGUGACUACAUCUUGGCUCCCAAUGCCAACAACGUCCUGAGGAUCUUUCUCAACCUGGGCUCCAACCAUGUGGUGCGGGAGAUGACGAAAUUCACCAUCCGGGACAGACAGGCUCUGCGCACUUACCUGACCGAAGCUCCCUUCCUCGGCCAAGAGGAGAAACACCUACUAGGGAGGCUUCCCAUCUUCCAGCAGAUGCCGUCCCUUGGGUAUCGGAGGGACAAGUUAGUGCCUCUUGCCGGCCAACUGGCCAUGAGCAACAAGGACCUGCUCACGAUCCCGGAAGAUGUCCUCCUGCCCGAGACCGUGGUGAGUUGCUCCCCGGCGGAGUGUAAGCUGCUGGCGCCCAGCAGGUCCCUGACGGUGGUGGGAGCCACGCUGCUCAUGGUGAGGGGAGUACAGAGUGGGGUCUACCCUAUCCCGGAGGCCGAGAGUGUCAUGCUGUGGGUCCUGAGAAACUCUGAGAUCCUCUUCCGGAAUCGGGAAGUGCUGGAGGGAUGCAGGGACCUGGCGUUCCUGGCGUCCGGAGACCGAAUGGUCCGGGCGUCCGAUCUUUUCGACCCCCGCGAACCCACCUUCCAGCAGCUCUUCCAACCUGAGAGCAGCCACCUCUUCCCCCCCGCGGUGUACACUGACCCCGGGGUCUUGGACUCGCUGCAACGCCUUGGGCUGAGGACCUCCCUGGACAAAGUGGGCCCGGACCACCUGCUGAAGACGGUGGAGAGCGUGGCGGGGGCCGGGGGCCGAGCUGGAGGGCACAAGCUCCGAGUGGAGAAGGCGGCAGCGGCCAUCAGAGUGUGCAACACGACGGGUGUGCUGUCCGUCUGCACAUCCGCCACCCUGGACCGGAUUCGCUCCUCACGUUGGGUCCCCGGUGGCCUUGAUGAGGACGGACGAGCCUGUUUUCACGAGCCCGAGGACCUGAGGGCUGCACAAUUUGCCAGUAUAGUGGGCUCGGCCAUGCCUCUGACCGACCUGUUCACCCCCAAAGCAGGUAAGUUUCUGGGGCUGUCACGCCCGCCCCCAGCCCAGACGGUGCUGGACAACCUUCUGGGAAUGGGGCAGGCGAGCGACGACAGCGAUUGCGGUCUCUUCAAUCUACAGACUCAGCUCCGGAGCAUCUACCAGCACAUGCAAGCCCACCUCCCCGACUUCAAGCCUCUCCUGAAGGGCACAGAGUUGCCCUGGGUGUGGAACGGGGCCAGGUUCUCGCCCUCCCACCUAGUGGUCCUUGCUUACCCCAAGGGCUUGGAUCUCAGCUUCUACAUAGAAAAGGUCCCAUGGGAAAUGGCGUCGUACGGAGGCUUGUUCACCGAGUGCGGUGUUAAGAGGGACUACAGCGACGAGGAGGUGGCUGAGAUCCUCCACCACUUGAAGGAGAAGAUCGACCUUCAAUCAGGGUCUGAAGACCCCAACAAACUCAAGCUGGUGCUCUCGGUCCUCGACUGGAUGAGGAAGAGGGGUCUGGCAGCCAGCGAUGACCUGCCCAUUCCUGUGGUGUGCCCAUCGGUGGGAGAAGGCGGGUUUGCCAUGGAGCCGGCCUCCAAUGCUCUCUUCUGCACCGGGAGCAAGGACGGUCUUGAGGAGCUCCUACAGGAUAAAGAGGACUUUAGCAUUGCUCACGCGGAGAUCAGCCAGGCCACCCUCGAUUGGCUGGGGGUCCCCGAUUUACGCACCCGGAUCCUGCACCCUGAGUUCAUCGAGAUCGAGCAGUGUGGCCCAUCCGAGCCCAUCACCCUUCGCAUCAAGAACAUCCUCAAGGAAUACGACCAACGUCAUGAUCUCUUCAAAGAGUUGGUGCAGAAUGCGGAGGAUGCGGGAGCAGGUGUCUGCCGGUUCCUGGUGGACAUGCGGCAAAACUCCACCCCGCCCGAGAGCCUGAUCGACCCUGGCAUGGCCUCCUGUCAUGGGCCGGCGCUCUGGUCCUACAACGAUGAGCUCUUCACUCCCGAGGACUUCGUCAACAUCGUGCGGGUUGGGGCGGCUUCCAAGGAGAAGCGGACGGAGAAGAUCGGGAAGUUUGGACUGGGGUUCAACUCUGUUUAUCACGUGACGGACGUGCCCGCCAUCCUGAGCGGCCAGUGCGUGUUGAUCUUUGAUCCCAACGUGACGCACCUCAGUAAGGUCAUCAAGAGCCCAGCCAACCCUGGCAUCAAGCUCAACCUCGGGGUGUACGGACGCUUGCUCCGCAUGUACCCUGGCCAGUUCGAGCCCUACCAAGGGAUAUUCGGGUGUAACAUGAGCCCAGGCCCUGGGAAAAGCUUCCACUACCAGGGCACGUUGAUCAAGCUUCCCUUCCGCACCGAGAGGGAAGCCAGGUCCUCCGAGAUGUGCAGCACUGUGUACGGCUGGCGAGAAAUCAGUGCCUUGACCGAGAACUUCCGAGAGGGUGCGGUUGACCUCCUGGUCUUCCUGAGGAGCAUCAAAGAAGUCUCCUUGCAACACCUGCCAGAGGCAGGGUCCCCUUCUGACCAGGAGUCCGUCAGCACCCAAAUCCGCAUCCGCAAGGAGGACCUGGAGAUCCUGGAGGUGGAGGUGGACUUCCCGACGAGGAGGAUUCAGGAGCAGUCGGUCGGAGCCGAGCACUGGGCGAUCGCGGACUUCAGGGAGUCACGGAUCGUGCAGAUUGAGGAAGAGACGGAGUUGGGAGAACGAAACCGGCUGAGUUGCUGGCUGGUGCAUUCCUGCUUCGGGACAGGCAGAGCGCUGGAGAUCUCUCGGGCCGGGACGGGCAACUUCGUGCUCCCGCUGGGCAGCGUGGCCGUGCCCCUGAGCAAGAGCGCCUCCCACUGGCAGCCGGGCCUCAGCGCUCUGGCCGGAAGGGUGUUCUGCUUCCUGCCGCUUCCCAUCCACAGUCAGCUUCCCGUCCAGAUCAACGGCACUUUCGCUGUCUCCUCCAACAGGAAGGACCUGUGGAGCACUGGGCCCAAAGGAGAGUGGAACCAAGCCCUGCUUCAAGACCCAGUGGCUUCCGCCUACAUCACCGCACUUUGGCAGCUGAAAGCCAUGUCCGAGAGAGGCCAAUUGAAGCAAUACCAUUACUACACCUUUUGGCCGGAUGUCAAAGCCGUCUCCAGUCGCUUCUCCGCGGUGGCUCGGGCUCUGUACAGACUCUUUGCGGACGGGAUUGACGGCUGUCCCGUCAACUUGUUCAGCGACGGCACCCGUUGGUGUUCGAUGCAGAAGGCUUACUUUUUGGAAAGCGCCGUCAUGGACCACCCCACGCUCGGAGCAAGCGCUUUCCAAGCCCUCUCCGGGCACCUGGCAAAGGUGUGGCCGACUGAUCAUCCGCUCGGCGUCUCGCUGCCCGACUGGGUGCGGGAGAGCUUUGCGGUCUGUGGGCUCGGAGCCCUGGUCAAUCAAAAUACCUAUGACUGGGAACGUCUCUAUGGGGAGGUGCUGCUUCCCGAGCUGCAGGCCAUGACUCCAGCCGUGGCCGCCGCCUUCGUGCUACACGCCAUCGACAUGAACGACCCACGUAUCGACCGGCUCCUGCAGGGGGUACCGUGUGUGCCAACCCACGAAGGAGGAGGGCACCUACAGUACAUCAACAAGCUGGUGCACCCGGAUGGCAAGCUAGCUUGUCUCUACUACCAGGUCGAGGGCAGAUUCCCGCAGGGAACUUCCCAGGAUUUUCUCCAUUCCAGGAGGCUGGCCAGGCUGGAAACCUUGGGGAUGCAGAAAGAUCGGACCACCACGCAAGAGCUGAUGGAGAGAGCAGGGACUAUCCCAGAGCUAAGUCAGCGAGAUACAGAGACAUGCUUCCGAAGAGCCCAAUCCAUCUUGGACUUGCUGAAGGACCAGGAGAACCUCAAUGAUCAGGAGAAAGAGCAGUUCCAGAGGAUAACAUUCCUGCCCGCCCGGCGCCCUUGUAACCAAAGACACAAGGGCGUGAGCUGGAUGAAGCCCCUCGAUCUGUAUAGUUACAAGCACCGGUGGCUGAUUAACAUGACGGAGCCAGUUUUGGAGAAAGAGGAAUUCAAAGAUCACAAGAUCUCGAAGAAGGUCCUUGGAUUUUUGGGGUUGGACAAGGUGCCGUUGGUGGGCACGGUCUUGGAGCAGUUGAAACAAGCCUACGGUGGUGCCCAUCUGCCCACCAGCGAUCGGAAACUGAUCGCGAAGGAAUGUUACAGCUACCUCUGCAAGCAGCUGAAGGCAGAUCCCGCUUGCAAGAAGCAAAUCUGUCACGCGGCUCAGAAAUUUCCCUUCGUGUUCGUCAACGGGGAAUUCGUGUCCGUCAAGCUGGUGGCCCAGAAGGUGUCCUUUGAUAUCGAGCCAUACCUCUACGAGGUUCCCAAAGAGUACGUGGAUUGUGAGGGGCUGUGGAAGUGCCUGGAGAUGAAGGAACAUUUCCAGCUGCAAGACUACGUCUCUGUCCUCAAGAGGAUGUCGGAAAAGUACGAUGGCUCGAGGUUGUCGGACAGUGACCUCGCUGUUAGCCUGAGGAUCAUAACCACUGGGUUUAUUGAGGACCCGGGGGAAAGGGACUCAGACUCCGAGAGUGUUUAUUUGCUUGACCAGGACGGUGUCCUGCGGCCUGUCACAUCGCUGUAUUAUAACGAUAUGCCUUGGCGUCCAGUCACGGAAGGCACACACGUGUGUCACGGGAACAUAUCGAGGGAGACUGCCCUGUACUUCGGCGUGAGGACCUCUAGGAACAGAGCACUGGAGGAGCUCCAGGUUGGAGACAUGUCUCUGUGGGCCCGGGAGUUCGGGCAGUACGAAAAGCUGACCACACGACUGAAGAAUAUUAUCCUGGCCUAUCCCUCCAAGCAGGACAUCCUGAAGGAGUUGAUCCAGAACGCCGAUGAUGCGGAGGCCUCAGAAAUCCACUUCAUUUGGGACCCCAGGAAGCACGGCCACACCAAGACCUUUGGAGAGGAGUGGAACGCACUCCAGGGUCCCGCGCUGUGUGUCUACAACAACAAGAAGUUCACGGACAAGGACAUCGAAGGCAUUCAGCAACUCGGGGAGGGGGGCAAGCGUAACAAUCCCGAGAAGACGGGUAAAUACGGCCUUGGGUUCAACUCUGUCUACCACCUGACGGACUGCCCCUCUUUCAUAUCUGGGGACAGCCAGCUGUGUAUUUUUGAUCCAAAUCUCGCCUUCUUCAAGACAGCCAACCGACACUCUCCAGGAGCAGUCUUAACAAUCAACGAAGAGUUCAAGACCAUGUUCCAAGACGUCUAUCAAACAUUCCUCUCGUCCUUCUUCGACCUCCACAAAGGCACCAUGUUCCGCCUACCCCUCAGGACGGCAGGGAUGGCGAGCUCCUCCGAGAUCUCUGACCAGUCCGUGUCCGAGAAGGAAAUCCAUGACUUGCUGGAGGCCCUGAGAGAGGACUCUGGGCACUUGCUGCUCUUCUUAAAGAACAUCAAGAAAGUUGCUUUCCACCAAAUCAACGUUGACACAGGCAAAGUUCAAAGAGACUUUCUUGUGGAAGUCAAGCUCUCAGAGAAAAGCGCAAGAGAACAAAAGAGUUUGAGGGAACAUAUCAGACAGGCAGCAGCGAGCUCAACCACUCGGAUGAAGCCCUUUCAGGUGAUCUAUGAGAUGGAGAUCCACUCCGCCAUUAACAAAUCGAAGUGGAUCCUGGCAGAUAGGGUCGGUGCAACCGAUGACCAAGAGGAUUUGUUGCAAGUUAACUCCAGCACAGAUGUGCCGCGGGGCUCCAUUGCUGUCCCCAUUGACCCACAUUUCCACCACGGUAAGGUCUUCUGUUCGCUGCCCCUGCCGGUGGAGACCUUCCUGCCCGUGCACAUAAAUGGUAACUUUGCGGUGGACGCCUCCCGGCGAGGCCUUUGGAAACAGGACGGUGAGAGCAGCAGGUUGCGUUGGAACGAGUUCUUGAAGACGCACGUGAUCGCUCCUCUAUACGCAGACGUGCUGGAGUACCUCAGGAUCAAAUAUGACCUGAACAGACGCUGGGAUGAACUGGGUAGAAUAUAUAUCGAAACCAAUUAUCUGAGACUCUUUCCCUGGAUUUCUAUAAUUGUGCCCAAAGAUUGGCAUGAGAUGGUUAACGAGGUGUACAGAUCCAUCAACAGGGAAAACCUUCCGCUCUUCCCAGUUGUCAGACACAUUACCAACAAGAUCAAACAUGGUCAAACAUGGUCAAACACGGUCAAACAAAAGAGAAUAACUUGGUCGAGUCUGAGAAAGGAAACCCAAGACCAAGUGCCUCACUUUGUUAUCAGUUUGCCUCCGACUCAUUCCUCAAAAUUCACUGAACACCUCGAGAACAUUGGCAUGAACCUGCUCCACCAAUGCGAAACGAUGGACACUGUUUAUCAAGCGCUGCAAAUGGCUAAGGUGGAGAGCGUUUCCCUGAGCCCAGACACAGUCAGGAACUUCCUUCGAAUCCAUCCCUUGAACAAGCCAGGUGUGACCACUGACAGUGGGCUUCCUAUGCCCCUCCAAUCAUCUGUGAUCAACGAUGAUAAGCGUUGCAAGGAUCUGCUGAGCUACUGCAUGUCAGAUUUCCAGAAUAAAGCAAAAAAUAACUACGGUUGCCUAGUCGAGUUGCCUCUGCUGGUCACACAAGACUACCUGCUGAGAAAGUUUCAGCUGUCAGCUCCCAAAUACAUCUGUAAAUUCCAUGACUUAUUCCCAGAGGAACAGAUCCACUUUGCAAACUAUGAUAUCCACAAAUCUCACAAGUGCCACUUGGAGAAGGCAGGUUUCCUGAAAGACUUCCCAUUGUCAGACUCUCUGCCCUUCAUCCAGGACAAACUGAGGAGACUUGUUAACCCAAGCAACCCUCUACAGACAUUGAGAUUUGACAAAAAGGACAAGGCAUUUGUGGAAUGGCUGGAGAAAGUGUGGAAAUAUUUUGCAAGCCAGUUUGAUGAGUCCAACCCGGAGAAACUUACCAAGCAGAUCAAAACCUUCACAUCCUUGUUCUCGGACAUUGCUCUGUUACCUGUGGCCUUCCCCAGUCAAGGCGAGGACCACCAGCUCGAGCCUCUGAGACAAGUGGCCAGCGUCUUGUACGAAACAGAAAGCAACAGCACAGCACAGAUCCUACUGAAGCUUGGCUUUGGGAAGGUAGUUAGGGAAUAUAUUGCUAUCACCAUGCGUUUAAAUUUCCUAAAAGAUUGUUCAAUGAACACCUGUGACCCAACCUCUGUUCUGCACCAGUUGUGCUCCAGGCGUCUAAUUUGGUCUACGUUGAGCGACCUCGAGUUUGGGAACCUUUGCCAUUUCCUUCUGGAAGGGAUGAGGAAGAGUAAAAACAAAGUCCAAUACAAGAAACAAUUCAAGUCACUGCCGUUGUUCCUAACCAUGCAGGGUAGACGUGAAAGCAUUGCCAAGUACCAGAAGAUCUACAUUCUAGAGUCUCAGAUUAAUACACACUUCCCAGAGUUGUAUCAACUGGACCAGUUGAGUGUGUUCCUGAACCCCAACUCAAUGAACAUACAACUGUGUAAAGAUUUGGACUUCCAAAAGAUAGACGACCUGGAUUUCUUCACGGGUUAUCUCCUCCAGAACGUGAUGCAAGUUGCUGAUGACCAAAAAGUGUACAUUAUCCAGCUGCUCUUUCAGAUCCGCACACGGUACUUAGAAUACUACAAUAAGAAGGAUAACAUCGCCCAGGCUCUUAAAGAUGUGAGGCUUGUACAGGAUUUCCAUGGCGUCUUUCGGAAGGUCUCUUAUUUCUACAACAAGGAUGUGAACUUGUUCACACUCAUGAUCCCCCAAGACAGAUUCAUUCCCGUGAAGUAUUUUCAAUACAUGCAGGAACAUUUAGCCCUGCAGAGAAUGUUUGAGGAACUGGGCCUGAAGACAGAGGUAUCCGAGGAAGACUACGUCAACUUUGCAACUCAAGUGGCGGAGGGCGCUGAGCGAGGCAUGGAGUUCAUGGAGCGGAAGAAGAAGAGCGAAGUCUUGCUUGCUCACUUCCUCCAAUUGAAAUUGGAGAAAGAUAAGCGUCUGUCGUUGUGCGAAAGGAUGUCAUGCAUUAAAUUCAUCCUACCGCUUGAAAUCGAUCAUAAGCUCUGCGCGUUGUAUACACCUCAUACAAAGGAACACAAGUUCAUCGCCUUCAGGGGAUCACUGGUACACAGAGAGAACCAGCCAGAGCUGGUGUGGACCUGCCAGUCUAUCCUGCCCAAGAACUGUGACAAGAAUUGUGAGCUGGUGAAGGCUGCCGGGGCCGUUGGUGCUCCAUCUGAAAACACGGUGGUGGAAAACCUCCGGAAUGUUUGCUCGGCAAAGUGCAACAACCCUGCCACCAGAGACACGCGGAAGAAGGUCCUGGAGGCCAGUUAUGCGUUCCUUCGAGAGUCUUCCAUCGAUGGCCAGUCCCUCGCCGGCCUCCCGGUUGUCCUGGUUGAAGACGGCUCCAAACUGGUGGAAGCCAGCCAGGUGGUCAUCUCGUUUCCAAACCACGACGAGUUCGGACCUUACCUGUACAGACUCCCGCCCCCACUGGCUCCCUAUCAGGAGUUCUUCCAGAAGAUUGGGGUGGCGUUGGAGGCCUCGGCUUCCCACUUCACCUGGGUCCUGAGGGCUAUUCACAAGGACGUUGAUGUCAUGGGGGCCAAGGCCUGCCUGAAUCCAAACCAGAUGAAGGCCGUGAAGCGAAGCGUGCAGCAGCUCUUCCUGAUCUUAGCGUCCAAUCCUUCGGAGCGGGAGCUAAACCGUCUGAAACCGCUGUACCUGCCGUCCAUUGACGAUGAUCUGUUUCCAUCCAACACCUUAUGCUUCAACGAUAGGAGCUCUUCGCAUUCAAAGAGGAAUGUGGUUGCCUUGUCAAAGGAGUUUACUUUUCUUGUGGAUCUGCACAUGUGCCACCUCGCCGGCGACACCUACCAGCAGAUCAUAUACUUAAAACUUUUACCAGAAGAAAUUCGCCCCAAGAUGCUCUCUGAGGUCACCGAAGAGCUUCUCAAUGAGUCCAUUCUGCAGUCCUGUCCCUACGCAGAUCAGUGUGAGUUCCGAGGCGCAUUUCAUGACCUUCUUGUGUCCCCAUGUUUCAGAGCUGGGUUGGUGAGUUUGUUAAGGAGUCAGUUCAACGGAGAGAUAUCGCAAGAUGAAGCACUGGCUGACUGUGACCGUGUCUUCUCCAACAUAGAGAUCCUCUGCUAUGAGAAGCUGGAGACCUUCCUGCGAUGUGGAGACAAAGACUUGACUGAAACCAGUCGCGAAAAACACGUCUUCACGAAGAAGAGCAACACGGGCAGCUGUGUGGUUUACCUGGAGCACAAAGACAAUAUACAGUUUCACCAGAAGACCGCUAUCAUUCAUUCAUUGUCGACCGAGAUCAACUUGCUGUUGAAGAAUAUAUUAAGCACAAAUUCAGUACUGAUCCUCAUAAUGAUGCUCAGCUGUAAAAAGGCCAACGAUAUCCAGAAACUUCUGGAAGACAGAGGAAUCCAUGAGACCAGCUCCGAGUCACAAAUUUCCCUGGAACCACCCAAUCCUGGUGAUCUCAUCCCUGAAAUCCUGAUUCACACUCUUGAGAUGGACUUCAUGCACAAUUUCAUCCUGGGUGAGUAUGUCGGCUACAAAGAGGACAAGAGUGAGCACUACGUCUACGCCGUUAUCAUUGAGCUGUUUGACGACAAGGAGCUGGAACAGACCCCCAUCUUGCGUCGCUAUAAGAUCAAGGUGGGAACAGACUCCACCAUCGAUGUCACACAUCUUGAUCUCUAUAAGUUUGUCCGAUUCAAGCAGCCCCAGGAAGAAGAUAAGGAUUUUGAUCCCAAUAAGUUUGUCCAGUGCAAGUCUGAGGAGAAGGAGAACGAUCUUGAUUCAGAGCCACGACUGGAGGACACCUGCCUGGUAUUUGGUGAGCGACAUAGCCCCAAUGAUCAUAGCAAGCGAAAUAGCCCCAAUGAUCGACCAUUUGAUGCGCUGGGAGAAGGACCAAGAGAUGGCGCACAAGGUGGACCGAGAGGGAGGCCAAAUUUUGACAAGCCCUUCAAAGACCUCAAGAGAGAAAUCGAUGAGGAACUGGCCACAAUUUGGAAGCUUCCCAAAGAAUACAGAGAGAAGGCGAUCAGGCGCUUAUAUCUGAAGUGGCACCCGGACAAGAACCUGGAGCAGACCGAGCAAGCGACCAGACUCUGUCAGUACAUGGCCGAGAAAAUCCAAUUGCUACAGAAGGGCGGAAGGACCUUCUCCACCGACUUCAGCAAGUGGAACAGGGAGGCGAGGGGGCAGAGGGAGAGUAGGAGCCGGUACCAGAAACACGGUUGGAGGAACGAGGGUUGGUACUGGAACCACCAGGGGACAUACGGCACGCAGAGCGGGCGGGCUUACGGCAAACAGAGGGGUUGGGCGGGUGGCCAGGACGGGGCCCGGCCAGACAAAGCCGAAGGCCAGCGCUGGUUUAAGCAGUCACAGUGCGAUCUUGCAGCUGCCUCCCAUGACCUAGGCCGCAGGGCGACUGAGUGGGUUUAUUACAAGGUCCACCAGGCGGUGGAGAAAGCCCUGAUCGCAACCAAUUACGCGAAGAGGGGUGAGUUGAUCAGCGGCACCAUCUCCGUCCUCGCCCGCCAAGUGUCCGCCUUCAGCCCAGACCUAGCCAACCUGGAGAGCCUAGUGAGCGACCUGAGAGAGCUCGGAGUGGACAGCAAGAAAACCCAGUAUCCCAAUUGCUGGCCACAGUCUCUCAUUCCCAACCAGGUGUUCCAAACCAAGGCAACAGACGAGCAGAAGGUCCUGAACAUAGCACAGGACAUAUUGGAUAAGGUUGAGACGUACCUUUCUUAAUCAGGCACUGCGCGCACUCUCUCUCCCUCUCUCUCUCUCUCUUUUCCCUCCUCCCUCUACCAUCUCCACUCAACAUUAAGGUACAGGAGAAGAGAAGCUUUCCCCGUCCGUAUCUGAAUCCUUUUGUAUAUCAUUGUCUUAAGAACUUGUGGGGAAGAAAACACCUUAGUCUCCAACCAGAUUUUUCUUGUGGGGGUGGGGGGGUGGGGGGUGAGGAGAAGAAACCGGUUUCUAAACCAGCUUGAUAAUAAUAAUUCUUAAUAAUCCUUGCUUUAAUAAUAACAACUUGAUAAUCCUUGCAUUUGACAUGGCGCCUUAUCACGACUUUAAUGCAAUUUAAUGUAAGUUAACGGAAGGUGUGAAGUCAACGCCUUGUCAAUCUGUGGGCGUCUGCUCUUGAGACACCGGUUAAAAUACACUGCAGUAUCGUUUAAUUUGCAGUAAUAGAAGACAAGAGGACACGGAUUUCGUGUUUCAAAGGGGGCAAUUUCUUUUUAAAUAAUUUUU